UCUGUCAGAAAACGUCUCGCUUUUCCGCCAUGAAUUCAGACGCGGUUUUAUUGUUAGAGACGGUUAACUUCGCAGCAGAGAAGCACCGUAACCAGCGACGUAAAGACCCGGAAGCGACGCCGUACAUUAACCACCCCAUCGGAGUGGCGAGAAUCCUCAGCCAUGAAGGAGGCGUCACAGACAUCGAGGUUUUACAAGCCGCCGUGCUCCACGACACCGUGGAGGACACGGACACCUCGCUCGCCGAGCUCGAGGCCGCGUUCGGGCCGAUCGUGGCUCGUAUCGUCGAGGAGGUGACGGACGACAAAAGGCUCCCCAAGCAGGAGAGGAAGCGCCAGCAGGUGGAACACGCGCCGCUCUGCAGCGGCCAAGCCAAGCUGGUCAAACUGGCCGACAAACUGUACAAUCUGAGGGACUUGAUUCGCAGCACACCGGCAGGCUGGACAGCCGAGCGGGUGCAGGAGUACUUUGUUUGGGCCCGCGAGGUGGUGAGAGGCCUGAAAGGAACCAACCCGGCGCUGGAGGAGAAGCUGGAGGAGCUGUUCAGACAGAGGGGGGUCCAGCUCUGACGACACGGUGGAGAGCAGCCCGACUACCAAUAACAUAGUUUUUCACUUGUAAAUUACAGAAAUAAAUCAUAUCGUUUACA